UAUCUUGAAGUUUGUAAGCGUCAAAAGCGUUUCAGUGGCAGGAGCAGCAUAUCUUGCAGAAGUGACUGAACGUGGUGGUGCACCUUGUUCUUACGUUCGUGGUUGUAUCUCUGACCUUCACAUUUCGUCUGGAUGCGUCUUGCGUGGUUUCUCGCCGCCGUGGCCAGCUCCGCCGUCGGAGGCGGCGGCCACGACUGCAACCAUGACGUCCAGCUCGACCGAUUCACACGAUCGGUGGACAUGUCGUCGAUCAUGAACGAUCAAGUGCUGGAAACCCCGGGCUCCCGUCGACUUGCAGACGCCACAACACUGUUCCAGCCCAUUCGUAUCUCGUUUGAUAUAUCACGCUUGACGAGUGACCCCGACUACCUCUGUACACAAGCGGGGCAAAUCGUCACUCGAGAUGGCUCGUCGUACAGCUGCACGCAAAACGACAUCUUGACCAAGGAAAAAUCCGACUUUAUCCUGUCGGUGAUGCUUCCAGCCGUGACAGCGUACUUUUCCAGUGUCUUGUCUGUGCAGCGUGUGUCUGGCAACCUCAUUAUUCAAGGCCUCGGGUGCCAAGCCAACGAAUGGGCGUGCUGCGCCAACACAAUUCCGCCGUACUUGAAGACCACGGGCAUCGCCAACACAGACUUCCUUAUCCACGUGACGGCGCGUCCGACUUCUGGCGCCGUCUUGGCGUGGGCCCUACCAUGCAACAUUGACCAGUAUGGCCGCCCCAUCUCUGGACAAGCGAAUUUUGGCCCCAACCGACUGGACACGCAGAGCGGGAGUCGCGCGGGGCAGAUCGGCACGGCCAUCCACGAAAUCACACACGCCCUCGGGUUUUCGUCGUCGCGGUUUGCAGACUUUCGCCAGCCCCUCAAUGGCCCCCUGUGGGGGUACUCGAAUGUAGUGUCCCAGACCCAGCAAAACGGCAUUUUUGUCUCUAAAAUCAUCACUCCCCAAGUCGUCAAACAGGCCAAGCAGCAAUUCAACUGCCCCGACUGGCCAGGGGCGGGGGCCGAGCUCGAGAAUGGACCCACCGGAUCCAGCGACUUUUCCAGUCAUUGGGAAAAGCGGGUGUUUAACAAAGAGUAUAUGACGGCCACAAGCUCCUCCAGUCCUGUGUACUCGGCCAUGACGCUGGCCUUCUUUGAAGAUACGGGAUGGUACACCGCCAACUAUUCCAUGGCGCAAGCAUUGCCGUGGGGGUACUUGGAAGGCUGCUCGUUUGCCACCGGACGCUGUGCCGACUGGGGAAGCGACUACUUUUGCCCAGCGGCGGGCGAACACUGCUCGGCCACCCGCGACGCCAAGGGCUACUGCGACAUCAACACGUACACGUCGAGCAUUCCGUCGGGGUUUCAGUACUUCAAGAACGCCAAGCUGGGCGGUCAAGACACGUACGCCGAUUACUGCCCGACGUACCAGGGCUACAGCAACGGCGCGUGUGCUGACACGUCCACUUACAUUGACUCGGACAUGGGCGAGGCGUUGGGACCGGGCAGCAAGUGCUUUCAAUCGACGUUGACGAAAGGCAGUUCACGACUGACGACCCCUGCGUGUUACCCCGUGCUUCGGUGCGGCCAAGGCAACAUGUACAUCAAAGUGAAUGGAAAGGAAGUCGCGUGUCCCCUCGCGGGGGGCGAUGUGUCGGUCCCGGGCUUUCAGGGCACGGUGCGGUGUCCCGCGGGCAACAAGAUCUGCCAGCUACUGCAGACGCAGUGCUCUGGCCAGGGCAUUCUCAUGGUCGACGGGUCGUGCUCGUGCAACCCCGGGUACGGGGGCUCAGAUUGUUCGCUCAAGGACUGCCCCCUCAACGGGGGGUUCGAAUGCAACGGCCGGGGGACGUGCGACCGCCGCGUCGGCACGUGUCAGUGCGAGGCCGCGUACACGGGUCUGUCGUGUUCGGAGCUGUUGUGUCCGGUUGUGACCAACGACAAGAGCUUGGGCGAGCAGUGCUCCGGCAACGGAGCGUGCAAUGGCUCGUCGGGAACAUGUACUUGUGCGAAUGGCUACACCGGCAAGGCGUGCGAAUGUGUGCCUGGAUGUACGACGUGUUCGAAUGGCGGGUCUUGCGACUGCUUGACGGGGUCGUGUGUAUGUCCCAGUGGGUUUUUUGGUGCCAAGUGCGAUUCCACUGGAGAUGCUCCUACUGCGACGCUGGAGUUGGACGCCACAACCGCCACGACGGGCCAAGUUUCCGCAAAGACGUAUUCGUACUUCAAAGUGCUGUUGAACUCGAGUUCGUCCGACAUCACCGUUUUGCUCACAUCGUCUACUGGAGACGCGGACUUGUACGGGUCGUUUGUCGACAAGUACCCGAGCCCCAAGUCGACCAGAACCACGUUGUUCGUGAGCAACGCCAACCGCAAAGACCGUUUGGACGCGAUUCAGUUGUGUGGGACGCUGGGAAAAUUUCCCCGCGCCAUCAACGACACGUUUCGGUUUUGCAGCCAAGCGAAUUCGCUCUUGGUGCAAGGUGCCCCGGGGUACUUUUACAUUGGGGUCUUUGGGUUUGCCGCGUCGACGUUUCAGAUCAAUGUGGUAUCUGAUCCGUGUGUGAACGAACUGUGUUCGAACCACGGCACGUGCGGCAAGUACUUUGCCGGCGUGUGCGCGUGCGACCGGUCGUGGUCUGGCGAGCGAUGCAGUACACCCCGGUGUCGUCCCGAUUGUGUGGAUUUCAACAACUGCAACACCCCCUCCGCAUCGGCAAUGGUGACGUCAUCCAGUGGGCUGCGCAACACCACCGACUGCUACGGCAAUGGCGAGUGUCGUGUGCUAACUGUCAAUGGAAUCGAGCAGCCCACGUGUAUAUGCGACGAGGCGUUUUCGUUUGAGAACCCGACGGACGACCAGUCGAUCUGCAAAGUACCGUUGCCGUCGAUUAGUCGCAUCCAGCACUACGCUGACCCGUUUGUCGUGUACGGAGACUCCCUGCAGUACUACGUGCCGGUGGGCGAGUGGACCAUCUACACGCUGACAGUCAAGCCCGAGUGGCAGUAUGUGUAUGUGCACCUGAGGGAGCUUUCGGAUGGAAGCGAUCCGCUGGUUCUCGUGCGCAAGACCAAGCUGCCGUCCCUCAACACGAGCAGUCCGUACCCGUUGCAAGCGGCGGACGCGGCCGCGUGGACGAGUGCAGCCACGAGCCAACGGGUGCUCUUGACUCGGGCGUCGUCGACGCUCAGCGACGGACUGCUGUACAUUGGGGUCUACAACACCCGAUACGGACGCAAUCCGCUGGCAUACCAUCUCACGGUGGAAGCCAACUCGACGUGUGAUGUGAAAACUGCCAGCGUGUGCGGUACCAAUGCAGUGGCAUGUGCGGUGGCCCUGCCGACGCUGUGCCAAUGCGCGUCGACCAGCCAAGGGCCGUUUUGUGACCAAGUGAAUGUGACUCACCGCAGCGUCAAGGCCGGCGUGUCGACGGAGCUGGGGUCCUUGGUGGCCGUGCGCGAAGGCAAUUGGCAGUACUGGACAUUUGACGUGGCCGACCCGAGCGUUGAAUUUGUCAAAGUUGAGCUGUCGAGUGUAUAUUACGACGCCGACGACGAGGUCAAGCCGCUGUUGUUGGUUCGAGGACCCCUGGAACCGGGGUUUCCGUCGUUGGACUUGAGUUCUGCAUAUGACUUUAAUGCUGUGACGUCUUCCAAAGGAGGCAAGCACACGGUGCUCGUGCCGGUGACCACGUCCUGCGCGGGCCCGCACUGCUACAAGGUGGCUGUACACAACAAAUUGUACUCUGGCAACGUCCUCCAAGCCAACGUCACACUCGUGGGGUUGCAGUCCGCCGCCGACGCGUAUACAGUCCCAGAUUGCACCAUCUCGGGCGUCGGCGACACGGAAAAUUGCAACGGACGAGGCACGUGCGUCCAAGUGGGCGACCAACCAACGUGCAAGUGCAAAAAUGGAUGGAGUGGCGUGACCUGCAAUGCCCCUCGGGCGUUUGCCAUGUCGCAGCUUUGGUUUGCUGCGACCAACAUAUCACUUUUGUGCAGUGUGUGUGACGCGACGUUUACCCUGUCCAACGGCGGCAUGGCCAUGUUCACGUUGCCCCAAAGCAUGCAGCCGAAUACAGGUCUAGAACUCCGGGUAAAAGCCAAUGGAGGGGGCGUGUCGCCCAACAUCUACGUGUCCGAGGUGAAUCCGCGGUCGCUGUACGACUUUGCUGUUAUGUCGUUUUCGCACGCAAGCGAAGAAGUGGUGCAGUUGACCACGCGGCCGUUCCAAGGCCAUUUUUGGGUGGCUAUUUACUCGGAAGCUCCACUGGCCAUGGAUGCCAAUGCGACCAACGAUGCCGCCCAGACGACGUUUACGAUUCAAUCGCGAGUGAUUCCGUUAGCCAAGACGACUGUGGACAAGCGAUUGAUUACGCAAUCCAGUUUCCUGGGCGCGGUCCUGGCGUGGCUCACGACAUCCCCUCUGGGCAUUGCGCUGUUUUCGCUGCUGCUCAUCUUCCUCGGACUGGCCGCGUUUUACUUUGUGUGGCGGACGUUCCGCUCCCCUGACAACCAAGACGGCGCGGUAAGGAACCUUUGGUGGCGACAGAGAACUCAUGGCUAUGUGUGUAGAUCAGCACGCUGGCUGCGGAAUUGGGCAACCGACCCAACGAAGUGCAUGUGGAGGCAGGACUGGUGGCCGAGCGGUCAAAAUCACCGUUGCGACUUGGCAGCAGUACCCGAAGCGAGGAUGCACCCACGCCAAGCGCGCCACCCAUGGAGCUGGACGUCGAGAUGGCGCCCGUCGUUCGGUUCUCUUGAGCAACAACGUAGCGUGUAUAUAAUGGAAAUCACAGGCAGAAGAAAGGUCUAUCUAUACUGAAGAACGCACCUUGCUGGUCUCGGUGGACUUCGCAUUCCUUCAUGCCACGAUAUAGCCGUUCUCGAAGUGAAUGCUAAUAGCAUGCACGCUCUUGGCUUAUCCGCUGAAAU